GCCCUUUCGCCAUUUCUCGGGCUGUCGUGCGUGUCUCCGAUCGUGUCGUGUGUGUUGUUGAGCGACUCGAGGCAUGGCACGCUGCUUGCUCGUCGUCGUGCUCGAAGCCGCCCAAGCGUCUGUGACUCGGGAGUGUGAAACUGCGCGCUCGGAGAACCACCGUCUCUUUUUUUAGCGAAGUGCCUCGCGCGAGAAGCGGGCGUGCCUGUGCUGCCGCUUCAAGAUGUCUCGGCACCGAAAUGUUCGGACUAUGAAUUACGAUGACGAUUAUGAAGGCUACUAUGAUGUCUACGGGAGAUCCCAGGAAGAGGAUUCAUGCAUAUCUCCGACUACAGAGGAGCAGUUCCUGUACAACAGGGAAAAGCUCCACUCCAUGUCGUCGUUCCUGUCUCCCGAAGUCCUCCAAGAGGAAAACGAGGAGGAGGAGGAAGACGAAGCCCACAAGUCUGCAACUCAGGAACCCGAACUCAGCCCCGUGGACGAAGUGCGGCUUUACGAGUGCAUCGAGAAGAUGCAAAACGUGGUGGGCGACUCGAUACCAGAGGCCACGCUUCGUCGGGCGGCCCUCGAGGGAGACUUCAACGCCGAAGUCGCUCUUGACCGUCUGCUGCAAGAAACAGACAAGCCGAAGCCACAGCGCGAGCCACGGAGGAGAGAAUCGGACAGCGAAGACGACGACUCUUGUGUCGUUUCGCCGUCCGACACAGUUUUCGAUGGUGGUGGUGGGGCGCCUGUAGUUGUCCCGCAUUUGACGACCGUCGUCGCGCAAUUCGACGCGCCGGCGAGAAGUCGGGGCGAUAACGCACGGAGAUCAAGCAGCAGCGAGCGCGUGGGGGGAGCUGCCGCGCCUGCGAAUGCGGAGACAGACUCGGCGACACUUUUAAACCUAGUGCUUCUUCCUUCUCCCCCCGCUGCGUGUACAGUUGAAACUUUAGGUUGUGACUUAAAACUGGACGAUUUGCUCAAAUCAGACGGGUCGGCAGAAUCUCGUAGGCCAGACAGCUUGCCAGAAGCUGCGCACAGUAUUAGUGGUUGUGAUGGCGCGCCGCGGUCCGCGCUUGCUCAUCAUGAGUGUAUUACAGUACCUGAAAAAUCGCUUGCCUUUGCUCCAAGCGCUACUUACGAUCUCAGUAUUAACCGUCCAACUUGUCAUACGGACUCUAGCGAUGACUUCCUCGAAGCACUUCUCCAAGAAGGAAACGUGCCAAGCAACACCUCGCCGCCAAAACCUGUGGAAAAACCGUCGGCAACAGUGCCCGAUGAGCUGGACAUACUGUUGGGCAUGGUGUCGAGCUACAAGCCCGAUCCGGCCAGCCCAACUGACAUUUCAAGACGUGACGGCCAAGCUACUUCCGCGAGUGCGAGUCGCAAAGUGCCAUCCGUAAGCAAACCUGCAAAAGACAUCUUUGGGGACAGCUUAGAUGCACUUUUGGGAAUUGGUGUAGCCUCCGCGUCUUCGCGACAAAGCGGCAAAGACGCAGCCGAAACGGACUUCGACGACUUUCUCAUGUUGUUGAGAACUGACUUUGGUGGCACGAGCGACUUAAUCGAGCGAGACGAUGGCCUGGCAACACUGCCCAUCGCGGAUGUUUUGUCAGCGGCUACCAGUGAUGCAAAGGGAUCGGUGAAAUCACCUCAGAAACCGAACUCGAAGAAACAACAGCCUGCUUUGCUCAAUCUUAGUGAAAUACUCGGCCUGAACAGAGAGCCCACUCCCGACACGGCUGCCGAGGGAGGAGCGCUCAAACUCGACGACAUUCUGAAAGGAACCGCGGCGGGUGUUUCAGCAUUCGCCGGGCAAGAGAGCCACCCAUACGGAGGCGACGUUGAAAGCCCCGAGUUGAGUCCCCUGCACAGCACCGCAGCUGUGGCUGUGAAAGAAGCAUCCCUCUUUGGCAAAGUGCUCGUGUACUUCUGUUUUGUCCGGCGGCAGACACCUGCCUUCGAUCUCACAAGUUGGUUGAGAAAGCUCGGUGUGCUGGAUUUGAGGCCCGGAGAAAAAACAAAGACGGCAGCGUUCAAUUUCGCUGUGCCGUCGCCCGACGAUGUCGUGCGCGCGUGUCGGAAACGUGCAGUGGAGGCGUCAGAGCGGAAACCGCUCACACCUCUCGAGCAAGUUGGGGCGCCCGCCAGAGCUGCGGGGGCCAACAAGGAGCCGCUUCCCUCCAUUGACCCGGCGCUGAGGCAGUCGUUUCCUAAGCAGCCUCAGCCUGAGGUCGAAGACAAGCGCAGCAAGGCAUCGUCGGAGACUCUCAAGGUGCCGAGUGCGACAAGCUCCAACCGGAGUUCUCCGGAUCUGGAUCGCAAGGAGCCCUCUCCGGAAGCUGGCGGGGACACGCAGCCUGCCGACGGCGCCACUCCCAAAACACCGAGGUCCAAGCCACCCAAGGACGUGGCUGCGGAAUACGCCAAGGAGAGGGGCUCCACCAAAUCUCUCCUCAACUUGGUGGUCAUUGGGCAUGUAGACGCCGGCAAGAGCACACUCAUGGGUCACCUCCUGUACAGGCUUGGUUGUGUGCAGAAGAAGCAAAUGCACAAAUACGAGCAGGAGUCCAAGAAACUGGGGAAGGCGUCGUUCAUGUACGCGUGGGUGUUGGACGAGACGUCGGAAGAGAGGAAUCGUGGCAUUACCAUGGAUGUUGCUCAGGCAAAGUUUGAGACGCCUAACCGUAGUAUCGUCCUCUUGGAUGCACCAGGUCAUCGGGACUUCAUUCCAAACAUGAUCACAGGCGCCGCCCAAGCGGACGUUGCCAUCCUAGUAGUCGAUGCCACGCGAGGUGAAUUUGAAACUGGUUUCGAAAUGGGAGGACAGACAAGGGAACACACUUUGCUCGUGCGGUCACUAGGUGUGUCCCAGCUUGCAGUGGCCAUCAAUAAACUGGACAACGUGUCGUGGGACGAGGGGCGCUACAACGAAAUCACGGCCAAGCUGCGCAGUUUCCUGCGUCAGGCCGGCUACCGGGAGUCCGACUUCACCUUCGUGCCUUGCAGUGGCCUGACGGGCGAGAAUUUGACCACCAAGCCCGAGUCCGGUUCUCCACUCACCAAGUGGUACACGGGGCCAUGCCUUGUCGACGUUAUCGAUAGCUUCAAGCCACCCGAGCGGCCAGUGUCGAAGCCGUUCCGGCUAUGCGUGAGCGAUGUUUUCAAGGGACAGGGGUCCGGCUUCUGCGUUUCCGGUAGGAUAGACGCCGGCUGCGUGGCCAAUGGCGACAAAGUCCUUGUGAUGCCGGCAGCCGAGCAGGGAACCGUUAAAGGAAUCACCAUUGACGAGUUGCCAACGACUCAGGCCUUUGCGGGCGAUCAAGUGGCACUGACGCUGGCUGGGGUGGACAUGAUCAAGGUCACUACGGGAAGCUUCAUCUGCGAUCCGGCCGUGCCAAUCCGGGUGUCGACGCGGUUCCAGGCGCGCCUGGUGGUGUUCAACAUCGAGGUGCCCCUGACCAGGGGAUUCCCCGUCGUGCUCCACUACCAGAGCACCACGGAGCAGGCUUCCAUUCACCGCAUAAUUUCGCAGCUGAACAAGGUCACGGGUGAAGUGGUGCGCAACAAGCCGAGGUGUUUGGUGAAGAACACGAGUGGCCUGGUUGAAAUCAAGGUGAGCCGUCCGAUAUGCGUGGAACUGUACAAGGAAUUCAAGGAGCUCGGCCGCAUCACGCUUCGGUCGGGGGGCAGCACCGUGGCUGCUGGCGUUAUCACCGAGGUAAUGUAAUUGACAAACGGCUGGCAUUUAAAAAGCCAGCGGUGAUACGUGAAACAAAUGGACUCUUGACUUUAGAAGCACGGAUGAACUUUGCACGAUCUCUUUGGAGAAUGACGUGGUACUGGACAAAGGCUAGCAAACCCUCUACUGAUGCAAGCUCUCUACAGUCAAUCUGUGUUUUCACUUCUUUUUUUUUGUUUUGUGUC